ACUGCCAUCCAGGGGUGUCACUCAGCCGCUUUCCUCCAAUAGAAAAGUUCAUGUGAACGGGACGCUCCGGCUGCGGGUGGGCUUUGGGCCGAUGCGUUUCGGGUCCAGGUGUGCGAUUCGGACAGUGUACUGAAAUUUCCCAUUCUCCCUCAAAGUUUAUGUCCUGUCCAUCGACUUCUUCUUUGUGUCCCUGUGCCCAUCCGCCUAACUCACGUGGCUGCAACAAGUCGGUUUGUUGACCGCCAUGGCUUCCGCUGCUUUACUGCUGCUGGCCCUCUCCUCCUCAGUCUCCCUCACAGUGGCGGUCCUAUUUGGCGAGCCUAGAAUUUUUGGAGAUGAUGCCACUGGAUAUGGCCCCAUCUUUGAGGAGGAGCCUGUGGAUGUGGUGCACAGUGAAGACUCCCCCGAUGGGAGAAUCUCCAUGAACUGCAGGGCACGAGCGAACCCACCUGCCUCAUACAGGUGGCGCCGUGAUAACUGGGAAAUCAAGCUGAUGGAGCAGCCAGACGAACACUACAGCCUCGUGGGGGGGAACCUGGUUAUCACCAACCCCAGACAGAAGAAACACGCUGGGACGUACGUCUGCGUUGCCAGGAAUAUCUAUGGCACCGUCAUCAGCAAGGAGGCCAGGGUCAAGUUUGGAUUUGUGGAGGAGUUUCCCCAGGAGGAAAGAGACCCAGUGUAUGUCAAAGAAGGACAGGGGGCUGUUCUGCUGUGUGCCCCUCCAAAAGCCUGGCCACAGGAGGUGACCUACCGCUGGAUCUUCAAUGAGUUCCCGGUUUUCCUGCACACAGACCGCCGACGGUUUGUCUCCCAGAAGACGGGGAACCUAUACAUCUCCAAAGUGGAAGCUCAGGAUGCAGGAAACUACUCCUGUUUUGUUUCCAGCCCCGUCACCGGGAAGAGCGUCUUCUCCAAGUUCAUUCCCCUCAUCCCCUUACCCCCUGACGAUGGUGAGGAGAGAAAAUACCCAGCAGACAUCAGGGUGAAGUUUCCAGAUACUACUGCCAUGCUGGCCUCUAAUAUUACAAUGGAGUGUUUUGCUCUGGGAAACCCCAUCCCUCAUAUUGUUUGGAGGAAGGUGGACCACACAGACCUUCCACCAAACCAUGAGAUCAGUGAAUCAGGAGCUGUGCUUCAUCUGUACAAUGUACAGUACGAAGAUGUAGGAGGAUAUGAGUGUGAAGCCAUCAACACUAAAGGAAAGGAUUGGCACAAGGCCUGGCUGUACGUGGAGUCUGCUCCAGAGUGGGCGGAAACCAUCAACAACACUCAGAUCGACAUCGGCUCAGAGCACACCAUGCGCUGUGUGGCAUCAGGGAAGCCCUUCCCUUUCAUCCGCUGGUACAAAGAUGGAUAUAUGUAUGGGAAGGGGGAGUUGAAGUUUUCCAGUCUCACUUUUGAUGACUCAGGAAUGUACCAGUGUAUCGCUGAGAACUACUGGGGCAUCAAAUACGCCAACGCUGAGCUGCGAGUCAUCUCCUGUGCUCCUACAUUCGAGUUCAACCCUGUAAGGAAGCAGCUUCUUGGAGCAAAAGACGGCCGCGUGGUGAUCGAGUGUAAACCCCGAGCUGCUCCUAGGCCGCGGUACACCUGGAAAAAGGGGAAAGAGCUCCUCUUCAACAAUUCCCGCAUUUCCAUCAUGUUUGAUGGGAGUCUGGAGAUCCUCAAUGCCACCACCAAUGAUGAGGGCGUGUACACCUGCUUUGCUGAGAAUGACAAAGGAAAGGCCAACAGCUCUGGCUAUCUCACCAUCACAGAGGCUACCAGCAUCACAGAACCACCCGAAGACACUGAGGUAAAGGUUGGGGAUGAGGUGAUUCUUAGGUGUGCCGCUUCAUACGACCCCAUGCUGGACAUCACAUUCAUCUGGUCCAUAGACUUCAGGGUCAUCGACUUUGACUCUGAGUGGCAACACUACGAACGCGAUAUGAGUGAAGAUGGCAGCGGUGACCUGAGAAUAAAGAAUGUCCAGAUUUGGCACGAAGGUCGCUAUCACUGCACGGCUCAGACAGUGGUGGACAGCGAUACUGCAUACGCUGACCUCAAGAUUGUAGGUGUUCCUGGGCCUCCCGGUGUGAUCCGGGUGGAGGAGAUCGGGGACACGUGGGUGAAGCUGUUGUGGACUAAAGGAGCCGAGCACAACAGCCCCAUUCACUCCUACACCAUUCAAACCAGACACUUCUGGGCCCUGAAUGAAGAUGACUGGAAGGAUGCCAGCACCAGUCCAACCUUUCUUGACGGCAAUGCGGAGAGGGCAGAAGUGACAGACCUGUACGCCUGGAUGGAAUAUCAGUUCAGGAUCAUCGCCACCAAUGAGUACGGCUCCGGAGAGGCCAGCAUCCCCUCCCUCAAGAUAAAAACCUGGGAUGCUUCUCCAGUUAUUUCUCCCACUGAUGUGGCGGGUUAUGGAGGUAGAAAUGGCGAGAUCGUCAUCACAUGGAAUCCCGUGCAGCCGUGGUAUUUCUACGGAAAAAAGUUUGGCUACAUUGUGGCAUUUAAGCCUCACGAUGCUUACGACUGGUGGUACGAGACCAUUUCGGACCCCGAAACGAGGCGUUACGUUCACAGGGACUCCUACUUCAUUCCCACUGAUGAAGAUUUCCAGGUCAGAGAGUUUCAGGUGAAGAUCAAGUCGUUUAAUGUCAAAGGAGACGGACCAUACAGCCUCACUAAGGUCAUCUACUACCCAAGAGAUGUACCUGUGGAGUCUCCGACAGACGUCUAUGCCAGACCGGUGUCCUCCACUGAAGCUCUGGUCUGGUGGUUGCCUGUGGUCGACACUGGUACAGGCCUGCAGCAGUACAUUGAGGGAUACCAGGUCAAAUACUGGAGGAAAUAUGAUGAUCCAGAGCCGGGAGCAAACCGUAUAUUUGUUGCAGCCACAGUCAACCAGACCAGGUUGGAGAACAUGCUGCCAGACUCGCACUACCUCAUUGAGGUCCGUGCUUUCAAUGGAGCCGGCCUCGGACCCCCCGGUGAACACUGUGAGAUGUUCACAAAGAGGCCACCACCACCAGAGCCUCCCAGGAUGUGGCGCUAUGUUACCUGGACAGGACAGUGGUUGUAUGUGUGGUGGGAUCAUAUCCAGUAUGACUGGUUUGGCAAUAUUUCCUUCCCACUGUACUACAAGGUGAUGUUCAGAAAGACAGGCUACUACUAUGGGAAAGUCUACGUCACUGGCUGGCACUUCAUGGACUUUCCCAUGCCUCAGUUUGGAGACUAUGAGCUGAUGGUACGCGGCCGUUAUGAAGGGGGGGAUGGCCCAAUCAGGAAGAUUAGCAUUAAAGGUAAAGCAUCAAUGAUCACGCCAACUCUAAGCCUUGCAUCUUUGGUGCUGCUGGCCCUGUGCAUUGUGGGAUUGGAAAUGUAAGCCCUUCCACAAGUGACAUGUAUAUAAUAGACUCUGGGAAGUAAAUGUGUGGACACAAGAGAGCCAGUCUUCACCGCCAAACAUUCUCUACACGGAUUGUCAUUGGUUAAGAUCCUACAUCAUGCAUCUGUUCUGUUGCAACACAAAACAGGAAGUUGUUUUUCACAAAAAAAAA